UAAAAGCAUGGCAGACGUAUGAACAACACGUGCCUGUGAAUGUUAAAACUUGUCUAACUUCUAGUAGCAUCUGAAGUUGAUGUAAUACGGAGAUGAGACCGGGUUUCGCAACAGUCCGGUGUGUCCCCAAGGUCGGCGGAGCUCGCUCAUUCAUUACCUGAGCGAAACUCGUGCGCUCGCCAGUACGGGGUUGUGAUCAGCAUGGACAAGUCUUUGAUAGUGUUUGCGUGCCUCUGCGGCUUCGCCGUCGCCCAGUUCGGAAAUGUGGGGCAGAGAGGUCAAAACGCCUACGCCAGGGGACAGAGCCAGCAGCAAUACCAGGAGGCGCCUCAGAUCCAAUCCGCCGGCGCGUGCAAGGAGCUGAACGAAAGAUACCCUGUGCCCGGCAGCUGUGACAGAUACGUCGAAUGCAUUAACGGAACAGCUGAGGAGAAGCUGUGUCCUGACGGUCUUCGCUUCAACCCCAACGUGAACUUCAACGCUUACCCUUGCCAGUACCCCAACGAGUACUCCUGCUUGGAACGAUCCUCUCUACAGCCUCCUCAGCCCACUGAACAGUGCGAGCACCAGUUCGGAUACUACAAGCUCGGAGACAGGGUCAACUGCAGCUACUUCAGAAACUGCGUCAGUGGAGUAGGAUACGACUUCCAGUGCCCUGAGGGUCUGGCCUGGAACUCGGCUAGCUACCGCUGCGACUGGCCCGAUGAGGUCGAAGACUGUGACGCCGAAGCAUUCCUUGGCUUCCGCUGCCCUGAGGUUCCCGAAUCCAGGGAGCUGGGCCCACCUGCUGGCUUCCGAUUCUACAGGGCCGACAACAACUGCCAGAAGUACUUCCUGUGCGUUGGCCACAAACCACGAGUUCUAUUCUGCGGCAAGAACACCGCUUACGAUGAAAUCAGCGGCACCUGUGUAUCCGCCGAGGAGGUUCCUGCCUGCCCCGUUGAGAUCAGAGAAGAAGCCGCUCGCGCCAGGCUAGAGGCCCAGGAACUCCUGGCCAAGGAGAUCGAAUUCAACGCCCUCACGACCAAGAAGAGGCGUUACUGUCAGGCGCAAGCUGUGGCUGAAAGUAGUGCAGCUGUAGCCCCUGCUGCGAUGCGGAGUAGCAUGUGCAAAAGCAAAAAUGGUUACUACAAGGCGGAAGCCAGCUGUGACAGCUACGUAGAAUGCGUUCGGUAUAUGGCAGAAUCAAAGACCUGCCCAGACGGUCUCCACUUCAACCCUGCCGCCGUAUGGCCUGAGUACCCUUGUGCAUAUCCCUCGGACGUGCCUUGCGUAGGCCGUGAUGCCACCCAGCCAGCCCAACCCACCGCUGACUGCCCUCACCAGUUUGGUAUCUUUAAGUCCCCUCUCGCCAGCGCUGACAACUGUGGUCAAUACCGUCAGUGCGUAGGAGGUGUCGCGACUGAGAUGGUGUGCCCCGCUGGUCUCGCCUUCAACUCUGACUCCGGCCGUUGUGACUGGCCCGACAAUGUUCCCACCUGCAACACCAACGUGUUCCUUGGAUUUUCUUGCCCCAAUGGACCUGACGGCAACUACAAGUACCACGGCAACUGCUUCUACUUCUUCUCAUGCACCGGCGGUAACCCGAGGCUGCUGCAGUGCGACCAAGGUCUGGCCUUUGACGCCGCUUCAGGCCGCUGCGUAGAUGAAGACCGUGUCGACUGCAAAAUUGACUCCGUGCAGCCUUUUGCUAGUACGGCCCAAGUUCAGAAUACAUCACCCACUGCCAAGUACAAUAACAUCUGUACAAAGAAGAAUUCUUACUACAAGGUUGACGGCAGCUGCGAUUCCUAUAUUGAGUGUAUUGGUAAUGUUGCCGAAACAAAGGCUUGUCCUGACGGCUUCAACUACAAUCCUGACGCAGUGUGGCCGCAGUACCCCUGUGGAUACCCCAUGGACGUGCCGUGUGUAGGCCGCGGAGCCUCCCAACCGCCCCAGGCUACUGCUGACUGCCCUCACCAGUAUGGUUUCUUCAAGUCCCCUCUGGCCAGCUCUGAGAACUGUGGUCAAUACCGCCAGUGUGUGGCCGGCGUGGCCCUUGAGUUGUCAUGUCCCGCUGGACUUGCCUUCAACCCUGACACCAACCGCUGCGACUGGCCCGACAAUAUUCCUUCCUGCAACACCGAAGCAUUCCUUGGAUUCUCCUGCCCAGCUGGACCCAAUGGCAACUACAAAUAUCACGGCAACUGCUACUACUUCUUCUCGUGCACUGAGGGACACCCCAGGCUACUGCAGUGUGACGCCGGCAUGGCCUUCGACCCCGCUUCAGGUCGCUGCGUAGAAGAUCACCUCGUCAACUGCUCCUCCGGAAUAGUGCCUAUCGCCACCCAGCAAUAGAUUACAAAAUAUAAUUAG